AUGUCAUCACCUUCUCUCAUACCACAACCCCCUUCAAUCUACGACGAUUCUUCGCACAGAAUGAUUGAGGAACGUCAUGAUAAAGGUCUAGAUGGCGGACGCCGCACCGGACACAUCAUUUCAUUUUCCAAUGUCGAACUGUCGAUGUCAUCCACGAUCCAAUACACUGAACAUGUACUACAUGGCGCUGAGACUCCGGAGCGGUUCGGCGGCGCAAGCCGCCUUCAUUCGUCUUCGAGACAUCAAGCUGCCAAUCCUCUGAGAUCCGACGAGUCUAUCUCUGACACUGGACACGUCGCGCCAAAACCUGAUGGCACAAGAAUUUGCCUCACAUCGCAUACGGCUCCGAACUCUGGAAUUCCGGGUCAACCCUCGCUCGAGGCGGGUGGAGCGAAGGAGGCGAAGUGUUUCUGCGAGAACCUGGAGCUCGGCAUUAUGCCGCCUGCUCAACUAAUCCACAACGGUAAUAUUUACAGAGUAAAGCAAGACCCAGUUGAGUUUCUAUCAACUUUGAAGAAGCCAUUCACGGCUCCAUUUGGAUAUGUCAUCUUGCAUGGUGCCAAAGACUGGGUCACGGAGGGAACCUUGGUCGGCCACAACCUUCUUCAUGUCGAGCAGCAACAACCAGGCUUUGAGACCAACCCAAAUGAGACUGUCAACCCUCACUGCCACUUGAUCCCAGAUGGUGACACAAUAGCGGCGCAGAAGCAGGAAGUCGAGCAACGGGAAGCCGAAAAUGCCUCCUACAAGGACUGCAUCAAAUCGAUCCGUAGCGCCAAUGAACACGAAGCUGAGAUGAUUUACAAGCAAAUUAGGACAUCAGGCAAACCCGUGCAAGGCCUUCAAACCAGCCCGACGCAACUUGUCGCCGGGAAUCGUCCAUAA